AAACACUUCCUCUAUAAUUAUUCACUUCAUUCACAUCUUCCAAUUAAUCCUCGCAAAAUAAUUUUUCGAAAAACUUUUCGCAACAAUCUUCCAAAAUGUACAAGUUUGCGUUUGUCUUGUCGUUGGUCCUUGUGGUCAUUAUUUCCGCAACAUCCGCCGGAAAAACGGACGGAAAAAAGUGGAAGGGAAAGUUCAAGAAUAUGACCUGCAAGGGAGAGUCCAUGAAUAUGACGUCAAUGUUUGUGGGUCAGAAGGAAUGCUACGCCGAGGUCGUUGGAACCGGAGGCACCACGGUCAACCCAACCACCGUUACGGAAGAGAACCGCAAAGAAUGGAUGAAGAAAUGGAAAGAAAACGAACUGUGUAUCGAAGUGUGUAAGUGGAAAAAGCAAAAGAUGCUGAAUGAUGACGGAACUUACAACGCGGACGGAUCUGAAAAAUUGAUGAAAGCUGUUCUGCCUACUUCUGUUCAAGCAGCUUUCAAGAAAGCCGUCGAUGAAUGUGCAUCCACUAAUGGUAAAUCGUUCAGUUUGGACAAUAAGUGUGCUGGAUAUAAGGCCUUCAAGGAUUGCAAAGUCAAGAAAUUUAUGGAGAUCUGCGAAAUCAAAAAGGGAGAAUCAGCCGAAGAAGUUUAAAAGCAUCACAUAAUGCUCGUCUCAUGUACCUCAAUCAUAUCCUUGUUUCCAAAUUAUAUCUCAACUUUGAAUUAAAUUUAAUCAGAUCUGAAAUUGUACAUAGCUAAA